UACAGGUUGCUGAUCUUCUUUGCCCGCUAUGACCAAACACCAUCGUCCGUUCUCAGCUCGUUCCGUCCGGCAGUAGAGUCAGAUCAGUCGGGAGAUCGAGGUCUGCGUUAAAAUGUCUGCGUGUGGUGAGUUUGCAGAGCACGUGUGGAAACCAGGAUCCUGUAAGAACUGCUUCCAUCCUCGCAGCGCCCACGGACAGACCGGCACGGCGGGCAGCGCUUGUGUCCGCACGAGUCUGAUCGGCGAAGAUGAGGAUGGGGUGACGUCUCCCUCUCCGUAUAGCAAACCCACCAUCGCUGUCAGACCCACCAUGAUGAACAUGGACGUCACGAUGGAGGUCAAAACGGACAUCAACAUGAAUACAGAACAGAACAACCAGAAGACUUCUGUAGGACUGAAGAAAGCCUUGGAUUUGCCUCCUCUGUACAUCGAUAGCAAUGGAUGUAAUAAAACUCUUAGAGAAACCAUACUGCAAAACGGCAUCUCCGGGAAGAAGUUCCCAGACAUUUCUUCUCCCGCUGGAUUAUCCAAAGACUGCAUGAUUAUCAGCAAUAUAUUUAUGAGUCAGGAAGAUGGCUGCGUUCCCCAAAAUCUGAAAGAGAAUGGGAACGGUGACUCCUAUAGACACAUGACCAAAGCGGUCAAGAGCACUUACGCCAGUGGAGACUCAUGUCUUCACAAUGGGACUGGAAACAGUGAUGGAGUUACAAGUCCUUUGAGGGCAUCCGUAGAGGAAAGGCAAGCCAGAACCGCACCAGGGAAUGGGGUUACUGGAACAUCCAGUGAGACACCAGGUACUUCACCGUCUCCAAUGACUCCUGAUUCCUUCCACGAAAGCCUGUCGGACUCAUGCUCCAAUCGGAGCAGCAUGGACUCGUUACCGGGACUCCGGAGUCCUCAGAAGUCUCCAGGAAGCGUUCCACCAAACGGGCUCAAGAGCAGUGAGCCAAUCUAUGCGGAGAGCACCAAGAGGAAAAGACGACUCAAUGCUCAAUGCGAUGGGAAGGCUACGCAAUCCUCCGAGUCUGAAACGGAGGUCAGCGUAAGCGACAAUCAAAGAGCGACUAUUACCGUCAUGGCCGCCCACACUGAGGAAAACAACCGGACGUUUUAUCUGAGCAGCCCGGAUUCUGCCGUCAGCACCCAGUGGACCCACUUCAGCCCAACCACGCCUAAAGACCCAUCAAGCCCGGCAUUCACUUGGCCAAGUGCUCCUGAUGCCACCGAAUUGACCCAACCCAAGCCUCAGUCGAGUCCUCCGGUUCCCCCUAAGAUCAGCACCCGUGCACCCAGACUUGGCACCUCCAGCCUCUCCCUAGUACCGUUACCCGAGCUCAGCUUUCACGUGGUUCUUCCUCCAAAUCAAGCAACCUCCCAAAUGGACAGUAGUGUCCCAGAGUGGAGACACAAGUCCCACAGCGCCAGGACUCGUAUUGACGAGGUGGAGGAGGAGGUCGAGUCCGAGGGGACGGCCAAGAGAUCGGGCUCUUGCGGUGGGCCGGGCGACUCCAUCAAUGGUCCUGCUGUUCCGUCCAGAGAAUGGACGAGCGAGAGCAGUGCGACGCCAGGCACUGCCAACAAAAGCACCAGUCAGACGCCGGCGGAGGACAGCAGAGUCAACGAGAGCAUGCUCUCCAGCCCGUCUCCUCUCAUCCACUCCAACGAACCCAACACCGGCCGGGAUCCUGCGCCACCUCCGCCACCUCCCAAAAAACACCACCGGGUUUGUAACCGUCUGAGUGGCAGUAAUAUGGAUCUGGAGCGUGUGGGUCAGCAGGGCUCAGUGGAGAAUCUCAGCCAAUCGCUGCGAGGACUGAACUGCUGCACCAACGCAUCCAGCGACAGCCUGCAAGCGCUCUCUGACACCGACUCCACCCUCCGCUGCAGCCCCUCCCCAUUUCCCAGCAGCCCGCUUGGUUCCGCCCCGGCAUCGCCGCAGCCCGACGCGUUUCCCAGCAACAGCCUGGCAAAUCAGCUGCAGCCGCCUCCGUUACCGCAGAAGAAGCUGGUGAACCGCACCAUCUCUGCUCCGAGCGAGUCUGGCGUCAAACCGCUGCCCCGCUCCCGUCCGCGCCUGCCCUUCAGCGGCUCCGAGACCAACAUCAGCCGCCCCGCCGCCACCGGCGCCGCCCCAUCCAGCCCGGUGGAGCCGCGGCCGCUGUACUCGUCCAGCGAGUCUCUGGAGCGCCGCACGCCUCGUCUGGGGAACGUGACGUCCUGUUCGUCACCGCAGCUCAACACGCUGCUUAGCGCCACGCCGGCCGGCGGAUCCACGCUGCAUCUGCACGCUCUGCUCAGCAACAUGGACAGCCGUGAGGGCAUCUACUCGAAGCUGGGCGGGCUGUACGCGGAGUCGCUUCGGCGGCUGGCGCUCAAGUGUGAGGAGCAUUUCACCAGCGGACAGAGGAACACGCUGAGGUUCGACGAGAGCAACUGGUCGCUCUUUAAACUCACCUGCAACAAACCCUGCUGUCUGUCUGGAGAUGCCGUCUACUAUUCAGCCUCCUGCGCAUCAGACACACGCAACACAUACGCCGUCAAGAUCUGUAAGGGCCAGGCGUCAGACAGUAAGCAGUGUCAUCUCUACAGUCUGUCAGUGCAGCAGAACGUCCCUCCUCACUUCAACCUGCAGCAGGACUGCGGUCACUUCAUCGCGUGCGUCCCGCAGAGCAUGUUACCCAGCGAGGAGAGCGCGCCACCGGCGGCACCCGGCCCGUCCGAGCAGGAGCGCGUGGUGGUCAUCACGCGGGACGUCCCGCACCACACCGUGGCUGAUUUUGUCCGCGAGUGGGAGUCGUUCCACCGCGCUCAGCCGGAGGUUUACGAGCGGCGCGUGUGUUUCCUCCUCCUGCAGCUGUGCGCGGGACUGGAGCACCUCAAAGCGCACGGGGUCACGCACCGCGACCUCUGCAUGGAGAACCUGCUCCUGGUGCAACACCGGCGCUCGGACGCGACGCAUCCCGACCCGCAUCAGCACAGCCUCCCGCGCCUCCUCAUCAGCAGCUUCGCCAAAGCGAAACGCCGCAACGCGGACGAGGUGGCCGUUUGCGCCGACCCGCGUCUGAAGCGAGAUCACGCCCGCCUCGCGCCCGAAAUCGUCUCGGCCGCUCAGUACCGCAAAUUCGACGAGUUUCAAACGGGCAUCCUGAUUUAUGAGCUCCUGCACCGCCGCAAUCCGUUCGAAGCCACGCCGGCCAAAUGCGACUACAGAUGCGACGAGCUGCCGCCCAUCCCUACUGUGUCCAUCUACUCGUCCGGCCUGCAGAGACUCGCGCAUCUGCUUCUGGAGCCCGACCCCGGCCGCCGCAUCCACAUCCAGGACGCUCGACGAAUCCUGCAGGCGCUGCUCUGGGGGCCGAGGAGGGACCUGCUGGAGCAGCCGUGGGUGUGCGGCGGCGGAGGGCGGAGGCUGGAGCCGAGACACGACGGCCUGCUGAACUGGCUGGACGUGAAGCGCGCGCUGCUAAUGAUGAAGUUCGCCGAGCGCUCGCUGGAGCCGGAGAGGAACGCCGAGCUGGAGGACUGGCUGUGCUGUCAGUAUUUCUCCACCGCAAACCCAAAAUCACUGUGUCAGACGGCAGAGCUGCUCUAUAACCUGCGCUUCACACACUGAACUCCACAUCACACGCAUGACGCUUGACUCCGAACACUGUGUGUCUGACUUGAGCACGCGUCAGAAUGGUCUCAUGAGCAUGUGGCGUGAGAUCAGACGCGGCGAAACACUGUGUGUCCUUCACUGGAAUCAAACACCAGCACAGACGACGGAUCAGCGACCGAACGCUCGUGUUUUAACAUUCCACUGAUUCAUGUCAUCUUUACUAGUGUAUUUCUGGAUAGUUUUUUCACUGGCUUUCAGAGAGAAACUCAGCAUGUCUGAAAUAUACAGAUCACUUUCCACCCAAAAUUGAAAAAUUGCAUGUUAAAAAAGAAACAUUAUAUAUAUAUAUAUAUAUAUAUAUAUAUAUAUAUUUUUUUUUUUAUAUAAUUUUUUUAAAUUACAUUUAAUGUAAGGUCAUUAUUUAUUUAUAUUUAUAUAUAAAUAUGAAGAGUUUGUUUGCAACAGAGAUUGUUUUUUUUUUUUUUUACAUUUUCAAAAAAUAUAUAUUUUUUUUCUUUUGCUGGAUAUAAAAAUGCAAAACACGCAUAUUUUUUGAAAAAUAAAAAUCAUCAAAAAUAAAAAAAAUCAGAAUUAUUCCAAACACACACACUAUUUUUUCCCAAAAAUAUAAAUAAAAUUCUUAAUUAUUCUAAACACAUUUUUAAAAAUUUAAAAAAAUCUAUGUUAAUUAUUCUGAACACACAUAUUUUUGUAAGAAAAAUAUAUAAAAAAUUAUUAAUUAAUGCAAAGACAUUUUUAAAAAUAUAUAAAAAUCAUAAUUAUUCUGAACACACAUUUUUUUCAAAAAUAUUAAAAAUUCUUAAUUAUUCCAAACAUGCACAGCACAUUUUUUUUUCAAAACUAUAAAAAAAAUCUUAAUUAUUAUGUUCUCAUGUUUUUAUAGUGUUUUAUUGCUUUAGUUAGCUGUAAUUUUGAAAGUUAUUUUUACUUAACCAAAAAGGCCAACUGCAGUUUGAUUGAGAUUAAUUGAAAUGCACAAUUUAAAAAAAAUUUUUUGGAAAUUGUUAAAAAUAGUCUGUUUUUGCAAAUGAACUCUUCAUAUAUAUAUAUAUAUAUAUAUAUAUAUAUAUAUAUAUAUAGAAUUUCACGUAAAUUCUAUAUUUAUUUUCCUUUUUAAUAAAAAGAAAUUAUUUUCUACAUAAUUGAAGAGUUCAAGAUUUUAUUGUGUUGUGACUGUUCAUCACAUAUAUAUAUAUAUAUAAUAUAUAAUAUAUAUAUAUAUAUAUAUAUAUUAUUUAAAAAAUAUAUAUUUUUUACAAAAUAAUUUAUUUUAUUAUUAUUAUUAUUAUUAUUAUUAUUAUUUGCAUGAUUUAGGAGGUUUUGCGUAAGUAUUUUCAUGACAGCUUUUGUAAUGCAAAAAUCACAUCUUAAUACAGUAAUGACAAUCAUGUUGUUUAGACAUUAUUAAAAUCAGAGUAAAAGAAGAAGUUCAACAUAGUGACGUGUUCUUACUGUAAAUGUACUUUUCUUUUUUUUUCAGUUCGGCUGUGGGAAAUGUACUUAAAUGUCAUGAAAUAAUGGAACACAAUACAAUCUUAAUUUCCUUUAUAUAGAAAAUAAUUUCCUAUUCCAGUGUUUUGUUGUUUUGGUGAAGUGUGAUCUGCAGUGUCAGUAUCUGAUCUUGAGUUUCUUCUCUAACACUGUGACUGAGCGUCUGUUUUCUGUCCGUCCCGAAUCCUCGUUUCUAUAUUUCUUAAUUUAACGCUGGUUCUUUUGAAGUUGCUCUGAAGCUUUACGAGCGUCUCUGACAGUUUUAGGGUCUGUUGGGUGAAUCUGACCCUCGUGUUGAUCCCGUCUGAUGGAUUCUUGUUUGCGCGGCUGGUAAAUCAGCGGAUGAGAGAGAAACAGACGCUGCUGACGCCGCAGACGCAGCGGGACUGGACGCAGCGGGACUGUAGAUUCGUCCUCGUAAAAGCCGGCCGUAAAACCCGAGAACGUCCCGUCUUCCUGCCGCUCGGAGCGACACGAGGCUCUGAUUAAACUUCCUGUUUGUGAAGAGAUGCCACUUCCUGGUGCAAUAUUUCUGGUUCUGCUGGACGCUCGCUGCCGAAAUGUGAUGAACUCUUUUAAUGUUCUGUUGAUUUAUUUCGAGUGCCUUUUGUGCUUCUAUUUUGAGGUUGAACCGACUGUAAAUGCAAAAUCAAGCUUAACGGAGAUGAAACUGUGAGUCUGGAAUUUCACAGAAAAUCUUCAGAUGGAACCGAAAUGUUUUUGUUUUUUUUGUAUAUAAAUUGUGAAGCAGGUCUUAACAGCAGCAGAUACUGUGUGUUUAUUUGAUUUUAACCCUUUAUGUUGAUUUUUUUUUUGCUCAAAAGAUUUUUAUUUGCAUUCAGAGAUGUCAGAAAUGCUGCACCAUUUAGUCUUAAGAUGAUGUUUUAAUUGAAACAAGACACUGGACAAAAACACACACAUGCGCUGUAACAUCCUGUAUUGAUAUACUGUGUGUCAAAGACAUCAGCAGCAUAUAAUAAAGUGUCAAAUAUUUUCACAUA